UUGUUGAGUUGUCCUACCAGCAGCUCAGCAUUUUCAUUUCAUCCAAGAAGUGCUUUCUAAUUCAAGCACUAACACUAAGCUGACAAAAAUAAACUUAAACCGAAAGAACUCACCGCGAGGACAUCGACCAAGGAAUCGAUGACUCUGACUCCAAAAAAUCCUGCCGCGGCACAACGUCGGCCAACAGCAGGGCGGCCGAGCACCACUUCUACGACCCGGAGCACCUCCGGAUCCGGAUUCCAGCUGUUCUUGCACAACAAGAACAAAAAUGGCCGCCCGACCGGGAAGAUGAAGAUGCUCUUCGCGGCAGGUGCACUGCGCGUCGCGAUGCCAGGCACUCUCCUUUGUUCCUCGCCUCUAUGGAACUGUCAGGAUUGAAAUUGACAAAGUUGAAAAAUUUGUGAUGAAUAAAACCGAUACCAGUUGGAAGCCCAAUUUCUAAGCGGCGCAUGACAAAUUUAGAGGCCAUCGAAAUCCAGUUUGUCAUGUUGUUUAGCGAAAAAAGGCAUCCCUUGUCAUGCUACUUUUGCAGCGGUAUCCCAAGCCGGAAACAGGCUCACAAUCGGCCUUACUUGCAAUCCCUGCAAGACAGUCACUUCGUGUCUUGCAUUUUAUGCAUCACAAAUUAUUUCAACUUUGUCGAUUUCAAUCCUGACACCCCCAUAGCUUCCUGGUCUCGUCCAGGCCGUGAACGUGGAGAAAAUCUCCAAGACGCGGCAGGAAUCACAGCCAUAUCCUGUGCAAAAGUAUCGUACUCGCAUUGCAAUCAUGCAUUACAAAUCUUUCUCUCAAGGUAAAUCAGCAUUACAAAUUUUAUCAUUACAAAUUUUAUCUCUCAUGCUGAGGAAAUUUGUAAUGCAUUUAUACGAGUGCGAUAUUUUUGCAAUUCAUAAGCCGCAGGGCAAUGCCAAUGGCAACGUCGGAAACGGCAACGCCGGCAAGACGAACGCACCGCCCGCUGCCCGGGCGGGUACUAGUUCGCAGACCACGGAGGGCUGCAGUUGCAGUGGCGGUGGCUGUAUCAGACUGAAAAGAAAAGAUCAAAUCAUCUCUCCACUACUUCUACAUCACGCGGAUGGACAAUCAAUGUGGCCCUCUACUUCAAUUGUCCGAGUGAUUGUGCUCUCAUGCUGCCCUCUUUGCAGGAGGUGGAAAGCGAGUCGUGUGAUCUGCUUCAUCGUCCACGAGCCGUCGUUGGUUUGCACGGCGGUGAACAGUUUCAAAAAAAAAGGUUUUAGAAAACAUUGCAACGGGCGCUCGACGCAAAACCAAAAGACCUUAUGUACCACUUCAUCUUGAAAAGCGAAGAAAAAUGCAUGUCCACAAAAAUCUCAAUUGCAAUGUUGAGAAAAGUUCUAAUGUGCCUGAUAUUCAUGGUUGCUCAUAGAGUGCAGCUGAUGUUUGCCAAAGUACUACUCUGGUGUGGUUUUUCUCCUAAUUUGUCCUCAUGCUGCUAGUCUCAGUUACCCCUCCAGUCUUGCUCGGGGGUACUGUUCAUCUUGCAUGAUUCGCUGGUCCUCGUGGGGGGAUGAUUUGAUCUCAAAUUUUCUCGUUCGAUAUGCGGCGGAUCACAGGAGAAUACGGCUGAACAGCUGCGCCAGAAAAAA